AUGCGGCUGCGGGGGGGGGAGGACGGGGAGGACUCGUCCGACAUCAUCCAAUUCUACGAGCAGAUCCUGGAGGGCAACCCCACCUCCGCCACUGCCCAUGUCAGCCUCGGGCGAGUGUACGAGCGCAAGAACAACUUCGAUGCGGCUGAGAGCCAGUACGCCAUAGCAAAGGCCCUGAACCCGUUGGACCCACUUUGCUACUCCUACCUCGGUCAGGUCCUGCUGAACCAGCGGCAGCGCCCUGAGGCAGCCAUGGAGGAGUUCAAGCAGGCGCUGGCGCUGAGCCCGGAUGCAGCAGAGCUGCAUCAUGUGAUGGCUCGGAUCAACCAUGGCUUCGGGAAGUACGAGGAAGCAAAGGAUGGAUACAAGAAAACUCUGGAGCUGCAGCCUAACGAUGGACAGACUAUGUCGGAUCUCGGUAGCUUGCUGGAGGCCGAGGAUGGCGAUCAAGACACUGUGUUUGGGUUGUACAAACAGGCGACCAAGUUUCAUCCAGACAGCGCACUGGUGUGGUCGAACUAUGGCAGAGCUCUGCUGAAUAAGAAGAAGUACCGUGAUGCCAUCACGUCGUUGAGAAACGCGCUUCGCAUUGAACCUGACUCUCACCACGCCCUCUGCAACCUGGGAGCAGCGUUGGCCUCCUUCGCGCCGGACUGCACCGAGAGUGAGUUCAUGGAAGAUGAGGAGCCGAGGAGACGAGGGAGGGAGGGGAUGGUUGAGGCAGAAGGGGGAAGGACAGAGGAGGAGGAGAUCAAUGAGAAGGAGAGGAAGGAGGAGGGAAAGGAGGAGGGAAAGUGUGGUAGCGAUAAGGAGGAGAAGGAGAACAAGGAGGAGGAGGUGAUGGUUUGUGACGUCGAAGACAUUUACGCUAGGGCACUUGAUCUCUGCCCAUUCGACCCGUCGACCCUCGUCAACUACGGGAAGGUCUGCAUGGAGAAAGGAAGAGUGAAGAUGGCCGAGGAGCUGUUUGAAGAAGCACUGAAGCUCGAACCUGACAUGGUUGAGGCCAUCAGUGGGCUCGGAAGCAUCAUCGAGCAUCGAAUGACAGAUGAGCUGGACACGAAGAGGAAGGAGCAGUUCCUGAACAUCGCGGAGGCCCAUCACGAGAAAGCACUCUCUCUGCUCCCCGACAACCCGGAUGUCAUCACCAACUAUGCUGUGAGGCGAAUCGGGGGAACCGGCAGAAUGAAGCUGAGGAGCUGUACCAGCGAGGUUGCCUCUCUGAGAUGA